AUGUCAAAAACUACAGAUAAUAUCGAGUCUACUUGCGUUCUGUGCUGCCAGAAUGUAAAGUUUUACGCCGUUGGACACUGCGACCAUCCAGUUUGCUAUAAAUGUUCAACCAGAAUGCGAGUAUUAAGCAAUCAAAAGUACUGUGCUGUGUGUAGGACCGACUUGGACGAGGUACUUUUUGAAGAGAAACCACUGAAAUUUGCAAGUAUCAGUUAUCAAAAUUUUCCAGUUGAUCGCAAAUACCAAAUCUUCUUCCAAAAUAGCAAAGUGAAGAUAGCCUUUCAGAAACUCCUUGAACAUCAGUGUAAGAUCUGUAAGAUAAAGACACCUGAAAAUAUCAAGACAUUUAAAGAUUUGAAAGAUCAUAUGAGAAAGUGCCAUGAGUUGUUUUACUGUGAUUUGUGCGUGUCCAACCUACAGAGCUUCAGUUCAGAAAGGCGAUAUUAUAACCGUAGUGAGUUGGCACGUCAUCGUCGUAUUGGAGAUCCCGAAGAUAAAUCUCACAAAGGACAUCCACUAUGUGAAUUCUGUGAUGAGAGGUAUCUGGAUAACGACGAGUUGUUGAAACAUCUAAGAAGAGAGCAUUUUUUUUGCCAUUUCUGUGAUGUUGUUGGAUCACAUCAAUAUUAUAGUGACUAUUCAAUACUGAGAGAUCAUUUUCGUGAGAGCCAUUUCCUGUGUGAGGAGGGAACCUGUAAGGAUGAGCAAUUUACGUCUGCUUUUCAAACUGAAAUUGAUCUUAAAGCUCAUGCUGCUGUACGGCAUUCCAGCAAGAUGUCAAAAGCUGAAGCUAAGCAGGCUAGACAUCUUGAUGUAGAAUUCAAUUAUACACCACGCAAUGCUGGCUACAGCAGGAGACAUGAAGCUGGUCUAAUAUCUGGUGAUGAUUAUCAAGAAGUGUUCCGAUCUCAUCAACACCCUGCUCGAACAGGACGAAGCCGUGGUCGAGGCAGAAGAAGAGAAGAUAUUGAAAGUGAAAUGGAUCAUCAAACAUCCCUAGCAAUGGCUGCAAGUUGGAGUGAUGCAUCAUCCAAUCAGGCUGCUGUUGUUGAUAAUUCACAACGGAAAAAGACCACUUCAUCUCAAACCACGUCUCAUCAAUCUAACACUGAACACCCUGGGCGUAAAAAAACAGCUAAUUCAGAUGUACCUUCACUUAAGUCAGCAGAUGAUCCGGCACCACGGAAAAAGACACCUGUGUCAUCACGCCGUGCAGAUGUGACAGAACGGAAAAUAACUGGCCAUUCAGUCGCUGAAAGCUCUGGCAGAGAAAAGGUGAAAAAAACACCAAAGGAGGACAAGAAAGACAAACUUAAGAAAGAAUUGAAAAGUGCGUCUGUUACAAGCAAGGAAUCGACACCUAAAGUACCUGAUGUGAAAUCAAGUGUAGAGUAUCCCGAUAUGAAUAAAAGUCCAAAAGUUAUGAAAUCUAAUAAACUGACCUCGGAUAAUAAAAAAGAAGCUGUAGCUGUAUCACCAAGUCUAGCAAAGAAAGUGGCAGCAGCCAAUCAUAUGUCUGUGCAAAAUGGGUCACUCCAAGAAGAGGAAUUCCCCACAUUAGGUGGUUCAGCUCAAGGGAAGACUAACACUAGGCAGACUUCAUGGACAAAUCAUAGAAUGAGAGAGGAAGACUUUCCUCCUGUAAAUGUUUCCAAUCCAAAGAAAGGUGCUAGCGGAAAAAAGAAAGAGAAAAAAGAUAGUUCGAAAAAAAUUGUUUCUAGUGAAGUUAAAAUUGUCAAGAAAUCUGAUGCUCCUGUUGUAGAUUACACUAGAGUUGUAUCUGAUAAGGCGUCAGAACAUGGAAAUAAGAAAGCAGAACCUAAAGUGAAAGCACCCAAACAGGCGAAGAGUUUGGUCAGCACUUCUUCAGUUGAUGACUUCCCAAGUCUAAGUUCUAUUGCUUUCAGUCUUACCACUGAGAAACAUAAACAGAGAAAGGUUACAAAUCCCCCACCUGGUUUUUCAUCUGCUUCUAAGAAGUCAGCUACUUCCUCACCCUUGGUGUCUGCUGCAUCUCCUGCCCAUCGUUCCUCACCCGUAGAAUCCUCAACAGUCAAGAAGCCAACUGCACCACCACCUGGACUUCAAAAAAUACAAAUUAUGGAGAAAAGUAUGAAAAGCAGAGCUCCCCCAGGAUUCGGAAGUAUAUCUGCAACACCUGUAGUUUCAACAAACCCUGUUAUGCGUACAACCAAUGUGGAAAAUAUUGCACCAGUUAUGAAAGCACAAACAAAUUCAGUAUCGUAUACUCAACCCGAUAAUUUUCAACAAAGGAACCAGAAAUUAAUCAUGGCUAUUAAAAAUGGACUACAGCAUGAUACUGUCAAAUUUGAGGAAUUUAAAACCAUGUCAGGACAGUUUCGUCAAGGUUUAAUCCAAGCAACUGACUAUUAUACCAAAUGCCAAAAUUUGUUAGGAUUAUAUGACUUUUCAAAAGUGUUCUCCGAACUUGUAGCUUUGCUGCCGGACAAUAUAAAACAGCAGCAAUUGCUCGCUGCUCACAAUGACUUUAAAGUGAGAGAAACUGCGAAGAGUCAAGAACAGAAAUAUCCAGAUGUGCUAAAAAUUAGUAAUGUUGGUAAAAAGAAAAAAAGCACUCCACGAAGUGCAUGGAACACUGAUAUAACGCAAUGGCUAACAUGUCCAGCCUGUAAACAGGUUCUGAGCACUGCUGAUUUUAAUUCACAUGUUGCUUCUCAUGAUCUAGACAGUGAUUUUCCGGCGCUUUCUAGCACUACAGUUAGCAUGCCCCCCAGUACUGCUGGUGCUUGGGUGAAAGGCAAGUGAAAGUGCCUUGGUAAUUUUGUAUUUAGCUAUUUGUAGAUAUCUGAUGAAACUUGUUUGUUUUUGAAUCACAGUUGAUGAUGUGGUGAAAAUUUUCACCGAAUAUCUUCUACCAUCUGUGCCGGCACCUAAUUUAUAAUAUCGUUUUCUCAUGAAUUCUGAUUUAAGGUAGAAGCCUAGUCAUAAUUUGACAAAAUUGGUCAUAAAUCGCAUGACAAUGUUCAUUAGUUUAUUAUGUACAAUCAUGAAGCUAUUGUCUCAUGGUACAAUGAAAUGGCAUUAUUUUGUGUGUUACAGUUUUGCUUUUUGAGAAACUCGUCAUAAUAUUUCUUGAAAAUUGCUAUUUUUAGAACAA